AAGAAGAAGUAGCCUAGAAUUUCUGAUGUGUUAGUGUACACGUGCUGGCUUUAAUAGCAAUCACUGGCCAAGCUCACAAGAGUCUAUUCAGAAGAACGAGUGGAUUUUGAGUUCAAGCCAUGAAGGUGCUGAGCACGGAGGAGCUGAGGAAAGCUGAAGAAGCUCUCAAACAUUACUUUCCCCAGUCCAAACAGGUAUAUGGAUAUGUUUUUAUGAUUAAUCGAGUAAAAGCUCACCCCAAAGAUGUGCUGGUGGACCAGUGGCCAGAUUUUAAUGUUGUACUUGUCAGACCACAACGACACGAGAAAGCGGAUGCUUUCAAAGAUGCAUGCAUUUUUACCAAGGAUGAAGGAUUUCUCAGGAGCAUGCUCAACAGGAUGGACAUUUUUGACUGGAAGCAGUUCAUCUGUCUAAGCUUUGACCUGUGCCAUAAGGAGAUGAUGAUAAGUAUAGCUUUGAACAGAGGGAUGCUGGAUAUAAAAACUUGUGUGUGCCACCUGAUGACACUCCAAGAUCCAUCUAACCUUACAGCUGAAAGGUUACCCUUCCAAGUGUCAUCACUCAACGAGUCACACAUUGCUCUGGUUAACAGCAAGUGGAAGUUUGGCAUGGGUGAAUUCAGUGAAGGGUUCAUCAGGGACAUGAUCAUGAAUUUCCCUUCGUGUUGUGUGCUGGACUCUGAGGGUCAGCCGGUGUCAUGGAUAUUGACCUAUUCUUCCUGUGCAGUUGGACUGCUGUACACGCUGCCGGAGCACAGACGGAAAGGCUACGCCAAAGCCCUGGUCACCAUAUUGGCAAAGAAACUACAUUCAGAGGGCUACCCAGUGUACUGCUUCAUUGAGGAGGAAAACCAGGUGUCCUACAGGCUUUACGAGUUUAGGCUUCACUGCGGAUCCCUCUUACAAGGCUCUUUGGCUUGAAUGUAGUCAGGCUUAAUGAUUUUGGGACACAGGACAGUCCUGUCAUUAUUAAGAGUGCAAGUGAUAAUUAAAAUACCUGUCAAACUUGCAGAAAUUUGCUUUAUUAUAUAAAUAUAAUUAUUUUUAAAUAUUAUAUAAUGAAACAGCAUGCAUAGCACAAAAAGCUAAAGUUUUAGGGUUUUUUGAGUUCUGAGAUUUUGACUUUCUGUCUCCGCCUAUCCUCUGACCUUUUGACUUUGGAUUGAUAAUUUACAAAACAUUACAUCACAAAGGGUUUGACUUGCAUAGGCCCAGGCUUGUAGUACUCGAAUCCAGGACUCAGACUCGAGUCUGACUCGUGCCCUAAUUUUAAAGAUUCGUGACUCGACUUGGACUUGAACACUGAUGACUCGGACUCCUGCAUUAACUGCAUUAGGACUCGUAAAGUGGAGACGAAGACUUUUUCUUGUAAUAUGCCAUAAUAAUUUGGCAUAGGAUAUUUAUCUCUACAUUAAUUUUUGUACUAACUUCGUGCAAGAGUGUCACAGCUGUGCGCUUUGGCGCAUGCAUCAGAGAGACUCUCGGGCGCGCUCCGAACAGCACGCGCGCCAAGCGGACUCUCGCACGCACGCUGUAGAUGACUCGCACCUGCACAGGAUUAAGGCGCAAUCAGCAUGCCUAUAUAAAAACUGCGAAAGCACACUUACUUUGUGAAGUAUUGAGUUGCGUUACUGACACAUUACUGAGCCUUAUUUCCUUGUUUGGUUUCCUGAUCCCUGAUUUCCUGUUUUUUGUCUUUGAUUCUGCCAAGUCUACGAUAGCCUGUUUGUGCCUCGCUUGACCUAUUGCCUGUUUUACAAUUUUGCCUGUCGUUCUGGAUUGUUUACCUGUUUUCACUUGUAUUAAUAAACAUACCUUCUGCACUUACAUCCGUCUCCCAACCAUCUCUGACAGAAUACUUUGCACUCCCUGACAAAGAGAAUGCACAUUCACCUGUUCAUAUGUCAUGUUCAGGAACAAACUAAUGUUAAUGGCGUGGUUGGAGUCUUGUUCUCAGACUCGACUCGGAUCAGUAGUGGACUCGACUCAAAUUUUUUUAAUGACUUAGACUUGACUCAGACUUGAACACUGGGGACUCGAGACUGGACUUGGACUCGAGGUUUAGUGACUCAACUACAACACAUACUUGCCAACUUUUCAAAAUUCUCAUGGGGGAGAAAAGUGCGUGAACGACAUUUUCAAUUGGACGAGGGUAUGAUGCGCGGUUGAAACGAUAAAAACAGUGAAUCCCAAUUAAUUGCAAACCAUUUGAAAUUUAUACAAUUAAAGAGUUUUUGAAUUGUUGAUAUUGUUCUAUCAAUUACUAUAGGUUAUGGGAUUCAUGUAUCCGGCGUGAGAGAGCUCAGUGAAAAAUCUGAAAUAAUACUCGUCUUGAAUUUUAAUAUAACAACAAUGAAAGGGAAGUCUUAAAUCAGAUUUUGAGCUGAAGAAUCUCAUGCCUGAAUAUUGUAUACAUGCAGAGACCCACAGAAAAUAACACAAGUGAUGCUUCAGAAGAAUGUUUAUCAUUUCUUAGUCACAGUGAAUGAAAGUAUUAUUGGAUUGCAUCAAAUGUGUUUUCCUUCUGUAAGCUCAUGUAAAAAUACAGAGAACUAUAAUAUCAUAUAUAAAUUACAUUUUAAUAAGAUUUGACUAAAAUAGUAACAACUGUAAUGGAAAUUUCUAAUAAACACUUCAGAACGCUUAGCAGUCGUCUUUUCAGUCAUUUAUUAUAGUAGAUCAUAUAAAAGUGUGGCAGCGGGGGCGUGGUCAAGCGCCAGUCUGUGACAGGAGGGCGGAGUCGGGGAAGGUAAGUGGCAGAAUCGCUACACUUGAGUGUAAUUAACCUGUGUUUUGUGUGUGU